ACGUACAGCACACCUUACACAUCUGAACGAGAAGUCGAAGAUCAACACGCUUCACGAUGGUGAAUCUCGGAGACAUUUUUCCUAACUUUACUGCCGAUACGACUGCAGGGGAAAUAUCUUUCCAUGAGUGGUUAGCUGAAUCAUGGGCCAUUUUGUUUUCCCACCCGGCUGAUUUUACACCAGUGUGUACAACAGAGCUUGCUACUGUCCAAAAACUGGUACCAGAGUUCACGAAACGAAAGGUGAAACUCAUCGCUCUGUCCUGCGAUGAUACUGAAUCGCACCAUGCUUGGAAAAAGGAUGUGUUAGGAUACUGCAAGGAUGGUGAUACAGCUUCAGACCUUGCCUUCCCAAUCAUCUCUGACCCAAAACGGACAUUGGCAGUCAAAUUUGGGAUGGUUGACCCUGAUGAGAAGGAUAAGACAGGACUCCCCUUGACCUGCAGAGCAGUAUUCAUUAUUGGCCCUGACAAGAAGUUGAAGUUAUCACUGCUGUACCCAGCCACUACUGGCAGGAAUUUCACAGAGAUCCUGCGUGUUGUUGACUCCCUCCAACUGACUGCCACCCAAAAGGUUGCUACACCAGCUAACUGGGAGCCAGGAAAGGAGGUGAUGGUUGUUCCUUCGCUAUCACCGCAAGAGGCAAAAGAAAAAUUCCCAGAACAUAGAGUUGUGGAAGUUCCAUCCGGGAAGCCCUACCUUCGUCUUACCCCGAUUUAAUCGUGGAAUAUAGCCAAACCGAAGUGUGACACCAUUGGAAACAUUGUGAUAAAGUACCAGAUUUUGUUCACUCACAACAUUUGACUUGAAAUAGUUUUUUAAGAAAGAGGGUUAUUCGAGAUUUUUCCAAAUUUACCAGUUUACUGCAGAAUUAUCCACCUCUUUAUGUAUGCCUCAGUUUCAUUCUUCAAUUACAAUGGGCAUGAUGGCUUGGUAAAUCUUUGUAAGUCACUAGAUGUCUAGGGUCACCUGACAUUGCUAUAUGGAUGUUGUUAAAUAAAACCACAUUCCUACUCACCAGCCAAUGAACAUGGUGUUUUUAGGACAUUGCAUUUAAUGUACUUCUUACAAUUCCACUUAGAACAUAUCAUUUACAUUAAGGUCUUCAUAUCAACUAACACAACAUAGUGCUUAAUCUUUUAAAAGAAAAUACGAAUAUGGUAUCUAUGUUGCUUUCACACAGGAAGUUUGGAAAUUCUGUAGUAUGUUGUUUGUACUUUAUUGCUAUAUAAAUAUGUGUUCUUACUUAGAAAUUUGGUUGUUAUAUACAUACACAUGUACUCAUACUCGCACAUAUUCAAAUGCUAGCUCCAACUCAAGUUCUUUUGUAAAAUUAAUAAGCAUUCUGACAUUUUUGGUGCAUUGAAAAAAUUGCAUUUAGAACAGUUGCAGAAAUAAAUGCAUCCUGUUUCAUG